AUGUCGACUAACGCAGUAUCAUCGCUCAAAAGGAAAAGAUCAAGAGCGCAGUCACUACCUGCUCCAGAACUGCCCCGGAUGGUUGCUGAACAGCACGUGCCUAUCUCGUCCACCGACAAAGACACACAGAGAUUAAUCGUGGUACUCUCAAACGCGAGCCUGGAAACCUACAAGGCCGCCCAUACAGGCAAAUCUGGGGGAAAAGAUGAAAAGUUCUCAUUACUGAACAGUGAUGAGCACAUUGGAGUCAUGCGGAAGAUGGGUAGAGACAUCAGUGAUGCUCGUCCUGAUAUUACCCAUCAAUGCCUAUUGACCCUCCUCGAUUCACCCAUCAACAAAGCAGGAAGACUACAAAUUUACAUUCACACAGCUAAAGGAGUUCUGAUCGAGGUUUCGCCAACUGUUCGGAUACCACGAACUUUUAAGCGAUUUGCUGGUCUUAUGGUACAACUGCUUCACAAGUUGUCCAUCAGAUCUGUUAAUUCACAGGAGAAGCUGCUCAAGGUCAUAAAGAAUCCUAUCACAGACCAUCUGCCUCCUAACUGCAGGAAAGUAACGCUCAGUUUCGACGCCGAAGUCGUCCGAGUAAGAGACUACAUGGAAACACUUGGUCCCAAAGAAAGCAUUUGUGUCUUUGUUGGUGCGAUGGCCAAAGGCAAAGAUGACUUUGCCGACGCAUUCAAGGAUGAGUCCAUCUCAAUCAGCAACUACAGUUUAAGCGCCAGUGUCGCAUGCAGCAAGUUCUGCCACGCUGCUGAGGAUGCUUGGAACGUCAUCUAG